UGCUCCAAAAUAACAAAACGCUAAGCUCUUAUGGAUUGAAAAAUUAGCAGAUUUGCAAAAGGGCAACCACCUCAAUUGCAGAAACUUAAAAUAUUCAGAAAACAGUGCGUGACGUGUUGGAGAAACCGAAUUUUAUAAUUUUGUGGAGUGAAACAUAUCUUCAGUAAGUUAUAAAGUGUGUGAAACUUUUGGUCACGUCGUCGGUUUAGAGUUGGGUAUGAGGCAUAGGUAAAAAGGCCGCAGUAGCAGAAAUAAAAGCAGUGGCUGUAAGAGCAGCGCAUUCUAGUGUUUUGUGUGUGAUACGAGUGGAAAAGUGUUGAUCGAAGGAACGAAGAUAGAAAAGAGAGUGCGUUUGCGCUUGCAAUAAAAAAUUGGUUGAGGCAAAUAUAAUACAACGCGCCAAUGGCGCAAAGCAGAAGAAAAGAAGUGCAUGCUAUAGACGCGAUUAAAAGGAAAAAUAAUUAAAAAGAAAGAAAAUCUAUAAACAAUUAUUUAAACAAAGAUUUUUUUAGUUUUAUUUGCAACCUUUGGAAGGUGUGUGUUGACUAAUAAAAGAUUUCGCGAGUAAUGAAUGGUCAAAUUGCUUCCGCUAAAAAUUGUCCCUCAAUACUUUUUAAUAUUUAGAAUUCUUCUUGGUUAAAAUAAAACUGAAUGUUGAAAUGUCCGAAAUGAAACGAGUUUCGUUUACCACCUUGAGCAGUAGCACUUCGUCUACAAUCAACUUCAGUGCUGGAGGCAGCGUUACUGUCGGUGUUUCGGGGGGUAUUAACAGUGGUGCUUUAACCACGAGCUCGUCACGUUUCGGCGAUGAUUUUCUCUCUGGCCAACAAAACUCUGAUCGUGUAGGCCCUACUGGUGCGAGUGCUGAUCGUAAAAGCAACAAAACAAUGCGGCUUACAAUAGAACUCUUCCCUACAGACUCCUGCCAGUAUCCUGAAUUUAAUUAUUCCCGACUAUUGCAUUUGGAAAAGAAGAAGCAGAAGAAAUUGAAACAAAAGGCAAAUGGUUUCACUGACCCAUUCAACGACAACGACAAUGAUGUAGCUCGAAUCGCCCACGAACUAGAAAAGAAAUAUGGGAGUGCGUAUGGCAGUGGCCGAGGUCGCAGCAAAAAAGAUGAUCUUUGUGACAUAGGUUUAGGCUAUGAUGAGUCGGAUUCUUUUAUAGACAAUACGGAAGCAUAUGAUGAAAUUAUCCCGGAGGAGAUGGAAACAAUAGAGGGCGGCUUUUACAUCAACUGUGGUCCACUUGAGUUCCAAAAACUUCACACAGAAUCAACGACCACAAAAACGGACGAAAUUAUAAAAAUGCCGAAUCGCCCGAGAAAGCGCGUUAUAUCCUCAUCUUCCUCAGAUAGCUCCUCUAGCAGUGAGGAAGAUGCCGAUGAAAAUGUGGAAUCGGAGGGAGAAGUAUCUAGUGCUGAUACCGUAAAGGGUAACAAGAAUGGCAGUGCCACAAUGCAACUUGUAGAGAAACGACCCCGUUCCAACUCGACCACCAACCCGUCGAAAAAACCCAAGAACAAUCAGGAGGGCAAUGCUAAAAAGGGGAAGUCGGUAAAAAAUUCAGGAAUAGGUAGUUCGUCCACAUCAAAUUCACCCAAACCUUCGUCCGUUGGUUCGGAUUCGGAUAAAGAACGCGUGCGGCAGAAAAUUGUUAAGACUACCACCAUAAAGGAUAUGCUAAAAGCAAAACGCGACAACUUUUUAAAAAUGCAAGAAGGUGGUAGCGGAAGUGGACCUAGUGGAAAUUCCGAGGCAAUUAAUGGUGAAUUGAAAGGAACUGCCAGUAAAUCAUCCGAAGAAGAUGAUUCUUCUUCGAGUGGCGAAUCGGAUGAGUCUAGCGAUGAUAGCGACUCCAAUGACUCUGUGCCCGUUGAAAAGAAAACGAAAAGUAGCAAUGGUGAAAGUACUGAGAGUGACACAAAACUGCCUGACAUCGAAGCUGAAAUUAUAGCGGAUGUGCAACAAUUCAAAGAAAUUAUAAAAAUGAAAAAUCUGAUCGGUAAACGUUUCCAGUUUGAUGAGACGCUCGUUGAAGCCUUUUUGAAAAUCGACGAGGCAUUGCUAUGCGUUGAAAAAGCUCAUAGAAACAUGGUUUUCGCACACUUAGAAUAUCACCUUGUGCUGCCUAAAUAUUUUUUCUUGCGUAAAGCAAAACAGCUGCGUAUUAAAGAGGAAAAAAUGAAAAGCAAAAGAGCUCUUGGUAAAUUGCGAAAAGCGAUCAUAGAAGCAAUGCCAAGCGUCAUUGCUAACUUCGAAGCGGAUAUUCGAAAGCAUGCUGAACUCGCGGUUAAUAUAAAUGCCGAGUAUCCACCAAAAAUGCCAAAGAAGAGAUUUCCAUGGAAUAAUAACCUGCGAAAUCUUCUCUACGAUGUUUAUCAAGUGCGUUGGACCUCAUUUCCAGUGCUGGGCACCCGGAAGGAAACCCUUGAGGAUUUCAUCAAUGUAUUUUUGCGAGAUAAAGUUGUGGAGCUUUGGCCGAAAGAUUGGAUGCGCUUUGAGGAGCUUCAGCGCGAGAUCGAAAAACGUAAGUCAGCAGCAAAAAAAGCGAAAGACAAGAAGAAAGAAAAGGAAAAUGGCUGUAACUCUAACCCGGCCAAUCCUACAACGGGAAGUAACAAUGCUGUUUCGGGCUCCUCUGCUGCUAUUACACAGACCAUUACCUCUAAUAACGCUUAUAUGAAACAGUUUGAAGAAUUCGCCACGGGCAGUCGCAGUUCAUACGCCAAUUCCGACACUGAAUCCGUAGCAAGUAGCGGCGCCUCGAACAGUCUAAAACGAAAAGCUGGCGUUAAGGGGACAAAUAAAACAUCAAAAUUACAAGCUCAGAGCAAUAUGCCGGGCACCAAUAGCAAUCUCGAUAACAACAAAAAACCGCCCACUUUUGUCCCUGCUUCAACAAAUUUGGAAUUCAAUAUGCAAAACGUGUUGACCAGCAACGCCGUUAUCACCUCAUCUCAAGUAUCGACCUCGGCUCUUCCGCCAUUGUUAACAACUACCAUCGUCAGCACAGCGGCUCCCUUACCAUCACAAUCAAAACAUUCCAGAUCGGGCGAAACAAACGUACAAGUUAUAGAUCUAGAUAACUACCGUAGCCCGAGCGAUAUAUUAUUGACAUCACAACAAAUGCUACGACCGGGGAGCAGUAAUGCACCAAUUACUGUAAUACCCAAUACAAAAACUGCCUUAGCGCUGAGUGCGCCAAAUCGACGAGAGAGCAGCAGUGAAUCGGAUGGCGUGGAGAUCGUCAGUAUUUAUCCGGCCACAGUUAAAGCGCCUGUGGGAGCACCUCCGAAACAAAAAUACAAGAAAAAUGCAUCUUCGAACUUUGCAAUGGACACGGUGAAUGUGAAUGCGUUUCAGUCGGGUCCGUCCACUAUAACAAAUAACAAUAAUAACACCAACGCGAAUAACAAUAAUAGUCAAAAUAUCAAGAGUAAACGAAUGGAGUUGUUGAGCGGCAUUCCAAGUUAUGACAACAAGCAAGUUGUUCGCACUUUUAAGGAUCUCGAUUUGCCACAACAAAAGACUACUAAUCUGCCAUCACCGCAAAAUGGUUCCAAAAAAGAUUAUUGCGCUCAAUGACCCCCAGUAACCUUUGAUACAAGCGAUUUUAGCACCUUAUCAGCAGCAGCGCUUUCGCGUUUUGCGCAAGCGCAAUCCGUAGCGACUGACGCUUUCUUAACAGCAGGCACUGUAACUGGUGUAACUGUGGGAAAACCUCCAUUUGGCGCUUUGCCACCACUGCCAUUAUUUUUACCAACACACAUGGAACCUCCAUCAUUACCACCACCACCGCCGUCAUCUGUUUUGAAGUCGAGUGUGCCAGUAACGUUGAUACAGCCGCCUUUACCGAUACCGGCGCAACCCCCGCCGUCAUUGACAUCAACACUACCGCCAACAAACCAACAAUCAACAGAUUCCCAACAGUCGCGAAUUAGAUUUUAGAAUUUACAUCAAACUGGAUGAAAAUGAAAAGAAAACAAAUAUCUUAAAAUAAGCUCGUAAUAGACGAAAACUCGUUUGCUAUCUUUGUAAAAACGCAUUUGUAUUAUACUAAGGCACGGCAGUUGAGAAAAAGAUGUCCCCGGGGAAAGCGUUAUUUUUAAUUCAGUCCGUUAUUGUUUUUAGCGACUUUAGCAUAAACAUUCGAACUAAAUGUGCGUUGUAUAACUUUCUGCAACUACAGUUCAAUGUACACUUAAUUUAUUUAUCCUCUUAUUUACGGUCUUUGCAAUUAUAAGUCAACACGCAAACACACCCGUACUACAUCUGAACAUAUAUCUAUAUACCUAGCAUUUAAGCGCGUUUUAUGCUAUUUAUUUUAAGCUAAAGCUAACCUGACUUACUGAUUUUUGUCAUAUUCAAUUGCUUUACAUUGUAUUUGUAUUAGUUUUUCAAUGCAACCUUCUAUCUUUGUAUUCUCAAAUUAAAUUGUAGUUGUAAUUAAUAACUGGGCAGCAAAUAUAAAUAUUUUUGUUUCAUCACUUGAGCGAUUCGGUGGGGGAACACCUUUGUUUAUGGUAUGUAAGGAUCUCAAGAGGUCCAUCAUGUUACGCGCAUGACUCAUUUGAUUUGAUUUGUAUUACUGCAAAAAAAAGUUUAAUCACUGAAUAAAAAUAUAUAGUAUUCGGAUUUAA